AGACGGGAGCUCUCGCGGGUCGCGGUUGAGGCGUUUGGGACGGGCGGAGGCGGGGGGCAGAGCGGACGCCAUGGAGAAGCGAGGUCGAGGCGGGAAGCCGGGGGCCGCCGCGGCCCCUCAGCAGCCGCCGCCGCAGCCUCGGAAGGAGAGGAGGCCCAGCAUGUUCGAGAAGGAGUCCUAUGCACAGAUUUUAAAAGAAAGACUGAGAGAAUCCUUUCAUGAUGUUCAGUAUGUAGAGCCUCCGUUUGAUGAGUCAGUGGCUGAUAUGGGUAAAGAAUGGAAGAGUGCCCUGGCGAAACUGAAGUUUGCUAAUUCAUAUAGGACGGAGCCGCUGAAAAAAUUCCAGGCUCACUCAGUGGAAACUAAAGUCCAGCAGAUACUAAGUGAAAAUCUUAAAGAUGCCAAAUAUGAUGAUAAAGUCUUCUCUCAUCUGUCACUUGAAUUAGCAGACCGCAUAUUGUCAGCAGUGAAAGAAUUUGGGUACCACCGCUACAAGUUCAUUACAAAAGUAUUAUUUAUUCAGAAGACUGGUCAGGCGAUAAAUGUUGCCAGCAGAUGGAUCUGGGAUGUGGCAUGGGACAGCUGGGUUGCUGCGAAACACGAAACGGAAACGUACGUGGCCUUGGCCCUGGUGUUUGCUCUUUAUCGUGAGUAGAGAGCGCUCCCUCCUCAACUCUGCAGAGACACAGGGCGUCUGCAGGCCUGGGAGGCCCACAGCAGGCGCUGACGCCCUCCGCUCUGGGCUCUGAUCACAGCUUCGUUGCAUUCUUUUAACAACCAACAAGUAAAAGCUGGAUUUAUUUUUACCUCUAUAA